GGUACGAAAUGCGCUCUUGCGCGCGGGCCAGUAACUCUGGAUAUGUUUGGGUUUGCGUUCAUCUCAGUUCUGAUUGGUUGUAUUAUUCUUCCAUUCAUUUAUGUCAUCACCAAAUUUAAACCUUUGUUAGAGGCAUUUAGGGCGCCUUUAAGAAACAAAGAAGAAGGUGGCGCUCAGAGCAACUUGGAUCAAAAUGCUUUUCUGCGAGGUUACGGUUACGACAUUGGCCGGGUCAUAGGCCAAGGGUCUUAUGCAGAUGUUAGGAAAGCUUACUCCAUAAACGCUAAAAGGGAGGUCGCUAUCAAGAUUGUCAACAAGGAAGAGGAUGUUGAUGGGAAAAAGAGCAGAUUCUUGAAGAGAGAAAUAGAGAUUCUUAAAUGGCUAAACCACAAGAACGUAAUCCGAGUAUUUGAUGUGAUUGACGGAGAGGAUAAAUUCUUUAUUGUGAUGGAACUGGCUCCAAAGGGUGAUCUCCUGUCUCUUCUACUUAAACGCCACAAACUAACAGAACACGAGACAAAGGUUCUAUUCAAAUCAAUCGUGGAUGGUGUUCUGUAUUGCCAUAAAAACGGCGUGACUCACAGAGACCUCAAGCUUGAAAAUAUUCUUCUCUCUGAUGAAAAUGAACCGAUUGUUACAGAUUUUGGCUUCGCGCGUUACAUUGGAGCAGCUACGGAUCAAAGAACUCGAAGUAGAACUUUCUGUGGCUCAUAUGCAUACGUUGCUCCAGAGAUACUACAAGGUAUUCCUUACGAUGGUAUGGCUAGUGACGUUUGGAGUCUCGGGGUUGUUUUGUACACCUUGGUGUGUGGACGUUUUCCGUUUGAUGACUCAGAUCCAAAGACUCUUUUACAGGAAACAACUUCUGGUAAACUGGAAUAUCCCACGCAGGCUUCCGGUCUCUCUGAUCAGGCCAAAGACUUGAUCAAAAAGAUGUUGUCAACCAGUGUUAGAGAAAGAAUUACUCUGACUGAGGUGAUGGAUCAUCCUUGGUUAUUAGAAGACGUGACUGCCACUUAAACUGACACAAAGCAAGGCAGAACCUUUUUAGUUCCUUUUUGUUAAAACGAUUAAUUUUUUUGUCUCGAGAGACUUCUAAAAAUCUCCGUGGUUAGAAAAAAGGCCUAACUAUUCAGAAGCUGGCGAUAUUUGGUUAAAGGCUCAUGAAUCAGGACGGGGAGAGCGUUUUCAGUAGCUCAAAGAUGCUGCUUUUCAGUCCGAAAAGAACUCUUUACAAGUGAAACACUGUCUUUAUGAUUUCUCAAGAAAACGAGCUAAAAAUAAAGUUGCUUAACUCUUUUCCGCCUGAGUUGUUUUAAGGGACUCUUUAGAAUUUAGAUACACCCAUCACUUUUUACAGUUUUUUACCAUUUUGUUUGCUCAGAAGUAUGGAUAACUAUAUAUCAAAUUAAUCAGCAAUAAAUUUUGCAUCUAUAAAUUUUAAGCAAUUUCAUAAUUGAUU